AUGGAAAGAUACAAUAGUGUUGGAGAGGUGCAGUACAUGGUUAGGGUGUAUCCAGGAACAUGUGCUCCAGAUACAGUCUUUACAGCGGUUCAGGCAACAAAAUACACCACAGUGCCACAGUUGAUUGAAAAUGUUGUGUCAAAACUUUCAUUAGACAAUGCUAAGGAUUAUUACUUGGCAGAAGUCUGCCAAGAAUCUGGUCAAAACUGUAUUGAGCGAAAACUUGGAGAUUCGGAGUAUCCAGUCAGAGCUCAGUUACUCUGGCCAAAAAGUCCUGGACAUGGUCCUGCUGAUCCCAGUUACGUCCAUACCAAGUAUCGUUUGUUUUUACGCAGCAUUUAUCAGGAACAUGACACUUACAGUGCCUUCAAUGAUUUCACAUUGGACUCAUUUAUGAGCGGGAUUAUACCAAAGGUUGAUGAAGGAGAGUUUGAUGAUUUAUGCAAUUUACCCGAUCUAAGCGAGGACACUCUGACUGAAAGUAUUGUUGCCCGGUUUAAACGUGGCAAAAUUUACACAUACGUUGGUUCAAUUUUAAUUUCUGUGAAUCCUUUCAAGUUCUUCCCGAUUUACAACCCUAAGUUUGUGAACAUGUACCAGAAUCGUCGUCUUGGUGAACUGCCACCACAUAUUUUCGCGAUUGCCGAUGCGGCUUUUCACACUAUGCUGGAUAAGAAGAAAAACCAGUGUGUAGUGAUAUCCGGAGAGAGUGGGUCUGGAAAAACAGAGGCUACCAAUCUAUUGCUUCAUCACCUGACAGCAUUAAGUCGAAAGGGACAUGCCAGUGGUUUGGAGCAGACAAUACUUGGAGCUGGACCAGUGCUUGAGGCUUUUGGAAAUGCAAAGACGGUGGUAAAUAACAACAGUAGCAGAUUUGGAAAAUUUAUCCAAGUAAAUUACCGAGAAAAUGGGACAGUUCAUGGAAUAUUUUCAGUAUUAUCUGCUUUACUGCACCUUGGUAACGUGGAAUUCCGGAAGAAAUCUGACAAAGAAGACGGUGUGACAGUGAAAAAUGUUGGGCUGGUAAAGGUCAUUUCAGACUUGUUGAAGGUGAAACAGGAAACAUUACUGGCUGCACUGACAACCAGAAAAUCAGUCACAAGAGGAGAUCAUUUUGUGGUACAGUAUAAAGUUGCAGAGGCUGUUGGAAAUCGUGAUGCCCUCGCCAAGUGUCUGUACAGUGCCUUGUUUGAUUGGAUUGUUUUACAAGUCAACCAUGCUUUGAUGUCACACUAUGAAAUGAAAGCUGAUCACCAUGGUCAGUCAAUUGGUGUUCUGGAUAUUUUUGGUUUCGAAGACUUUGGAAAGAAUAGUUUUGAGCAGUUUUGUAUCAACUUUGCCAAUGAGCAUUUACAGUAUUAUUUCAACCAGCAUGUCUUUCGAUUUGAACAGGAAGAAUAUGCAAGAGAAGGCAUACAUUGGGAUCACAUUGAUUUCAUUGAUAACACAUCCUGUUUGAAUCUCCUGUCCAGAAGACCCACUGGGUUAUUUCAUGUUUUAGAUGAUGAUUGCAAUUUUCCACAGGUUGAUACGGAUGGGCAUAAUCUGGUAGCUAAAUUUGACAGACUUCAUCAUACUCAUGAAAGUUUUGAACUGCCACAAGUCAAAGAAGCAUCUUUCAUUAUUGUUCAUUAUGCUGGUAAAAUUAAAUAUCAGGCUAAGGAAUUUCGUGAAAAGAACAAUGAUUUAAUGAGAUCUGAUAUAGUAGCAGUAUUAAAGAACAGCAACAUGUCUUUUGUUCGUGAGCUAAUUGGUGCUGAUCCAGUUGCUGUCUUCCGAUGGGCUAUUGUCAGGGCGUUUUUCCGGAGCUGCAAUGCUUUUAUGACUGCAGGCAAACAGUACAGGAAACGGGGUGGUAAACCUAAGUCACCAUGGCCUAUGCAACAGCGGUCACGAAGUCUACCGAGUGAAGGCAACGCAUUUGGUAAAAGUGAACUUGACCUGCAUGUUAUUGAGCCCAGCAUGAAUCAGAGCAUUCACACUACCACCACAUCACCGCAAACUUCACCUGGCCGUCUGUCACCAAAGAAGCGCAAGUCCCAGACCAACGAGGGCUUGUUGAGUAUUGCGAAUGAAGGAAGCGGCAGUGUAUCGCCAAGCCGAUAUCGCACGAUUUACACGGAGGAGUUUAAAAAAGCAACUAAAGUCAUGAUGAAAAACAAAUCAUUCAAGCCUUCAUCUGGCCCUGCCAAGGGACUUAAGGAUUUGAAAUCUUUUAAGAAGUUGGUACGAAGGAGUCUUCACAGUGUUCGAAAUUCUUCUAAAAAAGUCCAGACCACUGUAGGAUCACAAUUUCAGAUAUCACUGAGUAAACUAAUGGAAGCACUGAAUCAUGCGAAUCCAUUUUUUGUGAGGUGUAUUAAGUCAAAUUCUGAGAAAGAACCAUGCCAAUUGGAUGAAGAUCUUUUAAUCCGACAGCUGAAAUACACUGGAAUGUUGGAAACAGUCAGAAUUAGAAGAGCUGGUUACAAUGUCAGACUAACAUUUGAGGAAUUUUGUCAGCAUUAUAAAUUUUUGCUACCGCAAGAAUUUGAAAUUUCAAGAGAAAAAUUGCAAGAUUUUUUAAUAAAUAUGGAUUUAAAUGAAGAACAUUACCAGAUUGGAGAAACAAAGGUAUUUUUCCGGGAAAGUGAGCGCACAAAACUCCAGGAAAUGUUACACAAGGAAGUACUGAGAAGAAUCAUGUUUAUACAACGAAGGGUUAAAGCUGUGUUGAAGAGAAAGCGCGAUCAAUUACUACAAGCAGCUACCAUUACGUUGCAAUCUGGUGUGCGAAUGUUCCUUGCAAAGAGACAGUUGUACAGACUGAAGGAACAAGACAUGGCUGCCUGUAUCAUCCAGUGUUCCUGGAAAACUUACAAACAGAGAAAAUAUUAUCUUAAACUGCGUACUUGUAUCGUAUGGUUGCAGUCAAUGUACAGAGGGCGCUGGGCUCGAUUAAAAUGUGAUGAACUACGGAAAAUGAGAAGAAUGUUAGAGGAGGCAGCAAGGCAGCGACAGUUAGAGGAAGAGAUGCAGAGGAUAGAAGCAGAGAAUGAAAGAAAGAGAAAAGAGGACGAAGAAAGACAGCUGAGACAGAAAGAAGAAGAAAAUGAAAGAAAAAGACAAGAAGAAGAAGAAGAAUUAAAACAGCUGGAAGUGUUGAGUGAUGAGGGUGUCUUAACUAGGGAUUCAUCUCGAGAAUUGGACGAUAUUGAAUACAUUGAUAAAGAAAUGGGAAAUUUAUCAGAUGAAAGCAGUGGUGUUAUUGAAAUGGGUUCCUCAGAAUCUGAAGAGAUUCUUGUAGAAGACGAUGUGCAUAUAGAGUUAGACACUGGUGGUGUGGAUGAAGGAACAUCUCAACCAGUCUUAAUAUUCUCCAAAAGUCCUCCUUCAAGUUUGCCAGAAAUACAAACAACUAGUACGCCUUUGAAAGAAAGUGACACCAGUAUAGAUACUGGGUUGAAACGUUCUCUAUCAGUCACUUCACCUACUAUUAGACAUUUUGUAGAUGAAGAGGAUGACAGACCUAAGUCAGGCUCCAUUAAGGUAUCUGAGAUGGCAAAGGCAUACCAAUGUGAUAUUAAAAAGAAGAUGACAACACCAGAUAGAGUUAUACCACGGCCGGAAAGAGUUGCUAGUAUUACAAGCAGAAUGACAAAAGAACCAACUGAACAAGAACAGGAGCUCAAGCCAGAAACAGGGAGCAAACCAAAGAUUCCACUUUCACCAGUCACUGCAAUGACUUUUGAACAUGCAAUACAGGACUGGGACACUGAUGAGGAUAGCGACCAUGGCAAAAAACCUGCAGUACAGCCAGAAGAGAUGCCACGAAGUAGACUUUUCUGGAGACGAAGGAAAGCGAAAAAACACAGUGACCCUGGUAGUGGCGUUAAUCAAAUCACUAAGCCCAAAAAUAAGACCAAGGGUUUGGCUGAGCGCAGAGAUAUCAUAAUAGAAGGGUCGAACAUUGCAAGGGCAUUACCGUUAGCAGGUUUUAAUGUUACAAGUACGUCACAGUGGAGGUAUCCAACUAAUAAACUCAUCAGUGAACCAAGUGAUUUGAAACAAAUGGAUGACUUCCUCAGUGCCAAGAGAAAUGAAAUCAAUCAGAACAGUGGAAAACGUGACACAAUAGUUGAUAAAGUCUUUAAGAAGGCCAUGCAAGAAUACCAUACAAGUCUGGUUACGACGUAUUCUGUUGCUAUGCAGGAUGGUCAGACUGUUGCAUUGAAGUACAAAGAUUUAAUCUCAAACUUUGAGUCUGUAUUGGAACAUGCAUCUAGACUUGAGAACACAACUGCUCAAUUUCCUAUCAUCAUGGGUGUCAAUGCAUUUAGAGGUUAUCUUGAUGAGUUUAUGCAAAUUUACAAACCUGGUGAGCAGCCAACCCACUCAAAGAAG